CUGGAUAAGUACCUGCCAAGCAUCCCCGAGGUGUCGGUGCAGCCGCGCCGCGACUCGGCCUCACAAAUCGACGAGUUCUUCGAGGGCGAGGUGGACCCCUCGACGGGCGGCUGGGUGGGGCGGCGGGGCGGCACCACCUACGUGUCGCCCGUCAGCCUGCGCGACGCCCACGAGGAGGACGUGUUCAUCAAGCCGGAGCCCAUCCCGGUGGACGCGUCCAAGUUCUCCAUGUGGGAGGACAUGGCGUCGUCCAUCCGCCACCUGGACCCCGAGUCGCCCGAGUCCACCGCCGGCCUCGUGCUGGCCGCCCAGCGCGCCUACGCGCCCACGGGCAUGCACCCGCACCACGCCGCCGCCCAGAUCAAGCUGGAGGAGCCCACGCUGACGCAGUGCCACUUGCCGGCAGAGCUGCCCAAGCUGCUGUCGACGCCGUCGCCGCCGCCGCCCCUCGCGCUGCCGCACAGCCGCCUCCCCGGCGCCACCACGCCCACGGCCGCGCACCCCGCCUUCAGGUUCCCCUCCGGCAGCCCCUUGGGGCCUCGGCUGUGCAUGCCGCCCACGCCGCCCGCGUCGGACCACGGCUCGCCCGCCGACCACCACUUCCGCCGCACGCCGCCGCCGCCCUACGUGGUGCCGGCGUCGUCGGCGCCCAGCCCGGGCGUGAGCGGGAACGCCGUCUGCACGACCAGUAUGGGCGGCGGGCGGAUCGUGGGCGGGCCGCCCGUCAUGGUAUCCACGCCGUCGCUGCCGUCCAGCCUCCUGACGGAAGGCACCGUCAAGUACUCGCGGAGGAACAACCCGGAGCUGGAGAAGCGCCGCAUCCACCACUGCGACUUCCCCGGUUGCACCAAAGUGUACACAAAGUCUUCACAUCUCAAGGCUCAUCAGCGAAUCCACACAGGCGAAAAGCCCUACCGCUGUCACUGGCCGGAAUGUCAAUGGCGGUUCGCGAGAUCGGACGAACUGACUCGACACUACCGGAAGCACACGGGAGCCAAGCCCUUCAAAUGCAAGGUGUGUGAGCGCUCCUUCGCCCGCUCCGACCACCUCGCACUCCACAUGAAGCGCCACAUGCCCAAGUCGCAGAAGCAGUGAGUCGAAGCCGGAGUCGGAGCUGGAGUGCGCCAAGUUUGACUUUGGCUUCGGCUUCGUCCGUUUCGUCGCCUGUGUGAAAAUGUUUGUUAUUAUUAUUGCUGUUAUUAUUAUUAUUAUCAUCAUCGUCAUUAUUAUUUGUCAUAAAUAAUAUUGCGUAUUUUGCAGUGAAAUGAAAGGUGAAUAUAAAUAUAUUACUACGAAUUAACCCUAACGUAUGACAAGUAAAGGAAAAAAAAUACAGAUACAAAUAUAAUUCGUAUAUAAAACCGUAUAUUUUUUCUCAAUAAAAUCGUAGCUAAGCUAUUGAUUUAACACUAUAAACGGCAGCCAAUCUUUCAUCCCAGAAAAAAAAUAUAUAUAAGAAGAAAAUUUAGAUGAUAAAUUUUUUACAAUAACAGUGAAUACCUCUACCUGUAAUUGGGCAUACAUAUAUAUUUUAUCCCCCCCCCCCCUUUUUUUAAUAAUUAAGUUAGUGUCAUCUGGCAGUUGAUAUGUCAGUGACGUCUUUUUUAAUUUUAUUUAAGUUUUGGUAUCCUUAGCCAUGUUUUUGUUUAGUUUUGUUCCUCGCAUAGCGUUCUUUUCCCCCUUAAGUACUGUUUUUGCCUUGUAGCUAGGCUCCUAUUCGCCCUCUGUACCGUACCAACGUCUUCAUAAAAUCUUUGUUUUAUAUAUAUACGUUACGUACUUUUGGACACUCAGUUGCUGUUCUUUUUAUUUAAUUUGUUUGUGAUUCUCUCUAUCUAUUAUUAUCUUCUUCCCGUCCCCCCUCUAUACUUACGUUCUACCCCCCCAUACCCCCUUUCAUUAUUUGACUAAAUCUUUAAUGUACGUUCCUGAUUUUAGAAUUUAAAUAUGCGUUGUCUUCUCGUUCUGUUUGUCCCCCUAAAUAUCUCGUUCGAUAUCUUACCGUAAAUCUUUUUCAAACGACUUAUUUUAAUACCAUUUAUAAAUAAUUUCCUAUUUCGUACCAUGAUUUUGUUUUUGAAUUCCCGUUUUCUUUCGUCUGCCAUGGUCUCAAAGACUAAUGUAAAAUGGCGCUCUUUUCUCCCCUCGUGCUUUGAGCAUAAUAACGUCCAUUUUGCUGAAAUAGUGUGUUCUAUGUGUGCCUUCGAGAGGAAAAGUGUUGUGGAAAAAUAAGAGAAAAUGACACUUUACCUUAGCUCAAAAUGAUUCAGUCCAGUUUUUAAAAUGGAAAGCGAAUUUUAUAUAAUGUUGUGUCGUGUUACGGUGUCUGUGUCAUACAAGAAGGAUAUAGGCGUGAGUUGGCCCUGUUCAUUGCUCUCGGGAAACUGUAUUGUCUUCCACGUUUCCUCAAUUUCUCUCUCUCUAACAAUAUACAUGCACACACAAACACUAUAGAAAUAAAUAUACAUAUAUUACAUACUAUAUAUUACAAAACUAAACACACACACACUUACCAUUCUAUGUACCUCUAUAUAUUAUUUUCCUCCCUUCCCUUCUCCUUCUCUUUACUCCUCCCCUCCCCCUCCCCCCUGUCCUUCGACCACGGCGCCCAUUACCCCAGAGCAUCGGCCUCUCCAACAUACGUCCCUUCGCUAAGUGCCAUUAUCUGUUGUAUUUAAUGUUAAAACUCCUAACGGAAAAGUCCCGUGCCAUAAUUGUGCCAUAUUGUGGAAAAAAAACAACAAACUAAAAUGAUACUGAAACGGAAAAAAAGAGAGAAACGUGUUUUUCUGACUGAAUAUAUUAUAUAUGUAUACAUGUGCGUAUUUUUUUUUUUUUUUCUGUUUGGUCUGUUGCUAAAACUAUUCUAAUAUGAAUCUUAUUUCACGUUACAACUGCAUUUCUUCUCUUCUUCUAUACGUGUUGUAAACGUAUAGGUUGUUCGUGAUAAA